CGCGCGGCCUGCCGGGAGRCGAGAUGACGUCACCUCGGUGCGUUGGAAGCGGUGGGGCUGAGACUGUGACACUUGACAGCUAGAUGUGAAAGCUUGGCAGUGCUGAUGGAGAGGUGCGGGGGUUGUCCGUGCUCUGACAGCCUGAGUGGUGCCUUGGCUCAGGCAUCGCCCACSAGCCGGCCGGGCUGAUCCUGGCGAGAGCCAUGCGAGGCCACAUCUCCUCAGGGACCGAGGCUCCUGGGCCAUGUCCUGUCAGCACGUAACAGCAGCAGCCCGAGCUGGGACCGGACAAAGCUGAAGCUGCCACAGCCGCACAGGUGCACAAKUGCCAGAGCGCUCUUUGGCUGCGGGUGCCUCGCUUUGUCCUCUGAGUACGUGUGGCCUCCCCGAGCCACUGAGCUCUGCUGCUCUCGGGCUGCCAGGCCCUGACCUCCCUGCGAGCUGGGACAGCUCUCUGGGUCACUCCUCAGGGCUGAGAGACCCUUUGCCAGCAUCUGAUCUCUACAGCGAGAUGUCGUGCCCAGAAGAACUGGAUGCCCUGGCAGACGUGGAUCUGCUUGACUUUCUCCUGAAGGAUGAUGCUCCCUGCCCUGAAAUCCCAGGGCAGCAGAAUGGGUUGCUGGAAGACUGGGGCCUGCCAAUGCCUGAGCUCCUGGACAAGGAGAUGGAUGACUUCAUCAGCUCACUGCUGAGCCCUUUAGAAGAUGGAGCAGACAAGCUCAGUUAUUUGCCUGCCAACAAUGACAGUGGGAUUUCUGAGGAUCAGCAUCUGUCUCAUUGUCUUGGUAGCAGUUUUGCCAGCCGAGAUGUUGUGCAGGUUGAUCACAACUACUCCCUUCACCAGGACUGGCCUGUGCUGGAAAGUGUGAGGUCUGACAUGGCAGAAGGAGAUGUUACCAUUGAGCUGGGGUCCUGGGUGGAUUUGGAAGGCACRAGCACGUCACUAGAACAGAGCAACAGUUCCCCCAUUUCUGUUGCUGUGGAAGAUGAGCUCCAGCUUGUGCCUGCAGCCAUUGUGCAGUCUGACUUCCCAGAGCUGGUCCUGACUGAGGAAGAGAAGCAGCUCCUGGAGAAAGAAGGUGUUACAUUACCAACCUGUCUGCCACUGACCAAAGCUGAAGAGCGAAUUUUGAGGAAAGUGCGUCGUAAGAUCCGGAAUAAGCAGGCAGCUCAGGAUAGUCGUCGCCGGAGGAAGAUCUAUGUGGAUGGCCUGGAAAACAGGGUGGCAGCUUGCACUGCUGAAAACCAUGAACUGGAGAAGAAAGUGCAGCAGCUGCAGAAGCAGAACAUGUCGCUGCUCAGGCAGUUGCAGAAGCUGCAGGCCUUGGUGAGACAGUCMGCCCCCAAAACUACCAGAAGUAAAACCUGCACCAUGAUCGUGGUUCUGUCCUUCUGCCUUGUUCUGUCCCCCAGCAUCCGCACACCUGGGAGCACAGAGCCGCAGCGGGAGCUCAAGGUGCUGUCACGGCAGAUCCGCGAGUUUCCGAACCAGGGAGCACCUGAUGUGCAGCAUGACACUGAGCUGGUGGGCUUCAGCCCAGAACCUGGGGACACCUCACAGUUGGGCAACCUCAGUCAGUCAUUGGAAGAGGGGCAGACUCCACUCAAGCCCGGUCCCAGAUCUUUCAAUAGCAACUCAUCCUCCAACCCUCCAGCGCCAGCAGGCUCCGAGCCGAGCCCGCCCCAGAAUGACCCUUUGCCAGCGACAGUGGUGGUGCCAUGGAAAGCUAAGGGUCAGGAGUGGGCGGAACACCCUGACAGAGUUCUCAUCCAGCCGCACCAUGCCAACGAGAUGUGACCAAUGCUGCGUCCUGCUCCUUGGGGUGAUAUCGGGCAUCCUGUGGGGCAGGGACAGAGCUGCACUAACAGAUAAUCUAUCCAUGCAGUUUCUUCUGAAUACUCUCUUGAUUGCCAGCAGCUCAGAGGAUUUAUCAGGGAGGAAUCAUUCUGACAUUUCAUAUUUGUAUGAAGCUCGAUCUGAGAUGGGACAGGAAAUUCUGAGAGCUUUACUAAGUUGUUGUGGCUUGCAGCCCAGAGUGCAUCUGGUGGCUUGUGGGGAUGGGCUGUGGCAGGGAUGGUGGAGGCAGUCGAGCUGAGGU